AUGGUUAGCCCAAAUGUUUCAGUUUUGGAGACUUCUACCAAGGCGUCUACUUCCCCAAGCAGAAAGGAUGUCGUUAAAUUAACUCCUGAAGUAAAGGAAGCUAGUAUAGAUAUUCCAUACAAACCCAUCAUUGCAUAUUGGACCGUGAUGGGUCUCUGCCUCAUGAUUGCCUUCGGUGGAUUCAUCUUCGGUUGGGAUACAGGAACAAUUUCUGGAUUUAUCAAUCAAACGGAUUUUAAGAGAAGGUUCGGUGAAAUGCAAGAAGAUGGCAGUUUUCAACUAUCAGAUGUCAGAACAGGGUUGAUUGUCGGUAUCUUCAACAUUGGCUGUGCACUGGGUGGCUUGACAUUGGGACGCCUAGGGGAUAUUUAUGGCCGUAAGAUAGGUCUGAUGUUCGUUAUCCUGGUAUACGUUGUUGGAAUUGUCAUCCAAAUAUCUUCUACUGAUAAAUGGUACCAAUAUUUUAUUGGUAGAAUUAUUUCAGGUAUGGGCGUUGGUGGUGUUGCUGUGUUGUCACCUACUUUGAUUUCAGAGAUUUCUCCUAAACACCUAAGAGGUACUUGUGUUUCUUUUUACCAACUAAUGAUUACUCUUGGGAUUUUCUUGGGCUACUGUACCAAUUAUGGCACUAAAAAGUAUUCCAAUUCAAUACAAUGGCGAGUCCCAUUAGGCUUAUGUUUUGCAUGGGCGAUUUUCAUGGUAAUUGGAAUGGCUAUGGUCCCUGAAUCGCCAAGGUAUUUGGUCAAGAAGGGCAGAUAUGAGGAAGCUAGAAGAUCAUUAGCUAAAUCAAAUAAGGUCACAGUCACCGACCCAGGCGUUGUUUUUGAGUUUGACGCUAUAGUAGCAAAUAUGGAACUUGAAACAGCUAUUGGAAAUGCUAGCUGGCACGAACUCUUUUCUAACAAGGGAGAAAUUCUACCAAGAGUAAUUAUGGGAGUUGUCAUUCAGUCACUACAGCAGCUUACUGGCUGUAAUUAUUUCUUCUACUAUGGGACGACCAUUUUCAAUGCCGUUGGAAUGCAAGAUUCUUUCGAGACAUCCAUUGUUCUCGGGGUUGUUAAUUUUGCAUCUACGUUUGUUGCAUUAUAUAUAGUGGACAAAUUUGGACGUCGGAAGUGCUUAUUAUGGGGGUCGGCAUCCAUGGCUGUUUGUUUCGUGAUAUUUGCGUCUGUUGGUGUCACCAGGUUAUGGCCACAUGGGAAAGACCAACCUUCUUCACAAAGUGCUGGUAAUGUCAUGAUUGUCUUUACUUGUUUUUUUAUUUUUUGUUUUGCUAUUACUUGGGCCCCUAUCGCAUAUGUCAUUGUAGCAGAGACUUACCCAUUAAGAGUCAAAAACCGCGCUAUGGCCAUUGCUGUUGGUGCAAACUGGAUGUGGGGCUUCUUGAUUGGAUUUUUUACCCCUUUUAUUACUAGAGCCAUAAGUUUCUCUUAUGGCUAUGUUUUCAUGGGUUGUUUGAUCUUUUCAUACUUUUACGUUUUCUUUUUCGUUUGUGAAACAAAAGGGCUGACUCUAGAGGAAGUUAACGAAAUGUACGAGGAAAGAAUAAAACCAUGGAAGUCUGGAGAUUGGAUUCCCAGCUCCAGAAGAAUGGCACAAUCGACAAGCAGUACACCACUUUCCAUAGUUGAUAGCAAGUAG